CUAUUAACUAAAGGUACAAUUGGUAAUCAUUCAUGYAUUCAACAUCAUAUCUCAUUAUGCCAUCUCUAGCCAUCAAUCCUUGCAAAGGGCAYAUCAAACAUGGCUGCCAUAGUGAAGCAAUAUGUCAGUACCUUGGACCAGGCAAGCACAAGUGUGAAUGCAAGCAGGGUUACCRUGGUGAUGGUAGAUUUUGUUUAGUGAUUGAUCCUUGUACAAGUGCCAAUAAUGGAGGUUGUCCAAAAAACUCAUCUGUCUGUAAUUUUYUGGGUCCUGGAAAGAGUAACUGUUCUUGCCUGCAUGGAUUCUCAAACUUUAGCAUCGGCAAAGGUUGCUCUAUGAUUGACAUGUGUAAAGAUGGCAACCUUGGUGGUUGUGACAUCAACGCCAAUUGUGUAAUGGUAAAACCAGGGGAAAAGAGGUGCAAUUGCAAGAAAGGGUUUCGUGGAAAUGGAACUGUUUGCUAUGGGAAUAUUAUAGAGAGAAUACAGCAACUGGAAAACAGUGGACCACCACGRKUGAAAGGACAUCUGAAGCAAAUCAAUCAAAUUUUACUUCAAACUAUGUCUCGUCCUCUUGCUGAUACUGGGCCAUUUACUGCAUUUGUUGCUAUUGAUGAAGSGAUUAGUUCUUUGUCAUAUGAUAAGAGAAUGCAGUUGAAUAACAACACUGACCUAGCAUCUCAAAUUGUUGGUUUWCAUCUUGUUGCUGCUGACUUGGACUCAUUUGCACUCAAGAAACUACAAAAUAUAACGACAUUGCAAGGAGCUGAUGCAAGAGUUUCUGAAGCCAAUGGAUCAUUGUUUUACAGUCCGGCUCAUUCAUCAAUAAAGGCUAAAAUCAUUGGAAAAGAUUUUCUAGCAGGGAAUGGCAUGAUACACAUUGUGGACAAGAUGUUUUGGUUUAGCAACUAUGUCGACACUGCUGAUCUUACGUUGCUUCAAGUCAUUGGAAGAACUAAAGAGUUCUCCCAGUUUGCCGCUUUCCUGCAGCUCACAGGGUUAGACRAAUAUAUACGCGGCCUGCAAGGAUCUCUGACUUUCUUUGUCCCAGUUGACAGUGCCUUCCAGUUUGAUCAACUGACAUCAGAUUUUCUGACUAAAACCAACAAGGGAAAAGAGAAACUUCGUUCAAUACUCAAGAAUCAUAUUGUUUCCAAGAAGUUUUAUAUUACAGAUUUGAUAUCACUGUCAAGACUGAAAUCAGAUGAAGGCGAAUCAAACACUAUCAAACGAAGUAAAAACGGAGCAAUUAUUAUUGGCGACAAUGCACAAAUAACGCAAUCCAACAUACUUGCCAARAAUGGGAUUCUUCACAAGAUUAAUAACCUGUUGAUUCCUGAUGCUGUACUGCCAUUGGUUCAUAAUUUUGCUAACAAGACAAUGAACAUUAGUGCAAGGGGUGUUUGCUAUCGAUGCGAUACCAUGCCAUCGUUUCCAAACAAGGGAUGCCCGCCUACCUACAAACCAUCAGGUGGCUUCCAAUCAUGCGGUUACAAGCUCUUAACAAGUCUUGGRCAGUUUACAUUUCGUGGUUGUCAAAUGAAAUACUGCCUUAARGCCAAACAGAUCGCUGAAUGCAAUAGUGGUUACUAUGGCAGCAGUUGUAGGCCAUGUCCUGGCCAGAUAGAGAAACCAUGCAAUCUUCAUGGGAAAUGUCAUGACAGAAUCAAAGGUACUGGUGUCUGCAAGUGCGAACCUUUGUUCACUGGUUUUGCUUGUGAAAAGUGUUCCAACGCUACGAUGUUUGGCUCCAGCUGUAAUAAGACCUGUACCUGUGUCCACGGAUCUUGUGAUAAUGGUAUCCAGGGUAACGGUACAUGCAAACCUAACUCUUGCCAGGCUGGUUACCAUGGUGAUAAUUGUGACAUCACUGAUCAGAGCUGUGUUGGGUCACCAUCUCUACGUUGUCACUAUAAGGCUCGCUGUGUAAACGAUAACGGAACGGAUGCCACAUGCAGCAGAACAGGCCCUGGCAAAUCCCACUGCGCAUGCUUUAAUGGGUACAUUGGUAAUGGAUAUUCAUGUCUUGGAUCCGUUACUACAAAAGCACACAUGGAAUUUUUUCUGUCAAUGGAAGACAAGAAUUUCACAGUAUUCGCRCCAUCUUCUAAAGCAAUAGCAGCGCUGAGCAAAAAUGACAGCGACUACUGGACCAGUUCGCCUGUUAAACUGAAAUAUUUAUUACAGCACCAUGUCAUCAACACUACAAUAUUCAAGCGUGACUUCAAGAACAAGAGCGUGCUGAUACCUGUAGCUGGACAGCCGCUCACGGUUACAAUAACCAAAUCGGUCACCCUGAAUGAGCAAGCUGCUGUCACUAUACCGGACAUUGUUGGCGCUAAUGGUGUUAUUCAUGGUAUUGACACGGUUCUUGUACCUACACGACUACCUGAGACGUAUUCACCAAGUGUGAUGCAAGCUCUUGAAGGUGUCAAAGAAUUGUCAAACUUCAGCAAUAUUUUGGCGAAACAAAAGGAUAUCAAAACUAAACUGGAUCUAUGUGUUGGAUUUUAUACCAUAUUUGCCCCGGUAAAUGAUGUCCUCAAAUCGAUGUCUCCCAAGACGCUUAAGUACCACAUUGUCACAAAGUACAUAUCGCCUGGUCACUUCUUUAAUGGUCAAGAAUUCCCCACAAUGCUUAGCGCAGCGAACUUUAAAGUCAAACUAACAAAGUCUGCCAAAGGAAAGAGYGAGGUCAAUGGCGUCCAGUUCUAUGAUACCCAACCUAUUAGAACCAAAUGCGGUAUUAUUUACAAAUUAGCAAAUCUGCUAUCAGUACCACCCCAAAGACAUUGUGACCUAACUAGAAAAUACCUGGGCAUUACACUCUGUAGGAUGUGCUUUUUUCAAAGCAAUUGUCCUUCAGGUUGGACAAAAUUGAGGACACAAGGCUGCUAUUUCUGGGUCGUUUUCAGAGGUUGUCAAGCAGUGUGUCAGAAAWCCGUUGUGAUAAAGAAGUGUUGCAGUGGGUUCUGGGGSCAGGACUGCCAAGCUUGUCCAGGAAAUGUUACCAGUGCGUGUUCUGGUAAUGGUAAAUGUAAUGAYGGUAAAACUGGAUCAGGUCACUGUGAAUGUAGCUCCAACUUUACCGGGACAUCGUGCGAGAAGUGUCUACCAAACAGAUWUGGAAAACAGUGCACRUCCAAGUGUGAUUGUGUCAAGGGAAGAUGCAACGAAGGACCUACAGGAAAUGGAGCUUGUAAGUGCUUUCAUGGAUGGCAUGGCCCUCGAUGUAGUGACCGURCCGACACUAUGAAAUGUCGUCCCACAGUUUGUCACGCUAAUGCUACAUGCCGUAACAUAUCAAGGUCAUUUAAAUGUGACUGCGAUGUUGGAUUCACAGGGAAUGGCGCUUUUUGCCGAGCGAUUCAUGUUUGCGACUCAGACAAUGGUGGUUGUCACAAGCAUGCAAUGUGUACGCCUAACCCGACCGACCCCUUCCUGGCUUCUUGUUCCUGUAAGAAAGGAUACGAAGGAGAUGGACAGUUCUGUUCAGCCAUUGACCUCUGUCAAGCAAACAAUGGUGGUUGCCAUGAGAAUGCUACCUGUGCGAACAUUGGUCCAGGGAAGAGAAAUUGCUUCUGUAAUGAUGGUUACCAUGGUGAUGGUAUAACUUGCAUUCCCGACAAUCCUUGCACAGUGGACAAUGGUGGAUGUAGUUUGCGCGCGACUUGUGAAAGAACUGGACCAGGUCAGCGGAAAUGCACUUGUGGCGCAAAGUAUUAUGGGGAUGGAGUGACGUGUAUUGGUAGUAGUAUGGAGGUACUAAAAUCCGACCCUGAGCUGACUCAAAUGAAUGAUUUAAUCAAGAAAUACGGUAUUGAUAAGCUGCUCAAGUCAAACUACAUGGCUAACGUUUUAGCGCCAACUAACCGAGCCUUAAAAAAGAUAUUGAGCGACAGAAGACGUAAGAGACGUAGCGGCGUCUUAACUCCUACUGUAGAGCAGUACCUUCGCUACCAUAUCAUUGGAUGCGUACGUUUUAAUAAGAAUUCUUUUAAAACUGGAGAAAACUUUACCUCUUUGCUUGGAGCACCAAUCUGGAUGACUUUAGUCAGUCAAGGAAACAAAUCCCGAGCUAUUUUCAAGGAUUACAAAGGCAAUAGUGCAAAUAUUACACAGGCUCUAGAAUCGGGUAAUGGUUUCGUUUUCAAACUAGAUUCACUGCUUACACCUCCUGCAGCGCACCUUGAAGUUGGCGACCCAUCAAAAUCUGUAAUUAAAGUUGCAAACGAACUUGGACACACCACGUCAGUUAGCCUACUCAAGAGAGUCGGCCUUGAGAACAUUGUAUCAAGUCCAUACGGAAGACCAUAUUUGGUAUUUCUCCCAACCAAUCACGGCAUCGAUAAACUUCCUGAUGACUUUAAGGCGAGGUUACUUGACCCGGCCAAUGCUGGUGAACUCACUGAGUAUAUCAAGUAUCACGUGGUUCAGAAUGUUCCGGAGAACUUGACGACAGAUUACUUUGUACGUAGUGGGGGAGGGGUGCAGUUUACAACAUUACAAGGUCAAUCCAUAUUCAUAUCAUGCAAAGGAGAUAAGGGUGAUUUGUAUGUCAACGGUAUCAGCAGGAUCUCCAAAAGAGACAUUCACUUCAAAGGCGGUGUUGCAUUUGUCGUUGAUGACAUCAUUACUCCUCUAGGACUUGGCGGCAAAUGUGACGAAGUCGUGCAUGAAAAGAUCACGGGUCGUUGUAGUAGCUGUCUAUCUCCUGAAGGCUGUCCACAUGAAUCAACACUUGUUGGAACUACAAACUAUAACUGUUCAUAUGAUAAUGGUUUCCUUGGCUGUCAGCAUAUUUGCAUGAAACGUAAAAUCCAUCGUAAGUGCUGUCCAAACUUUUAUGGCUCUGAUUGUAGAGCAUGCCCUGGUGGUUUAGGUAUGACGUGUAGUAGGCGUGGUCAGUGUGACGAUGGAUUGACAGGGAGUGGUCGAUGUAGCUGUAGAGAAGGUUUCAAUGGAACAACUUGUGAAAGAUGCACAGUCAUUUUUUUUUGUCAAGUUACCAGUCCAUGCUCUGUAAACAACGGAGGAUGUCACGUGUUUGCCACGUGCUCCAAUUCAACUGGUCACGUGAAGUGCAAGUGUAAGCCAGAGACGAUGCCAGUGCAAGCAAGGAUUCCACCAAGUAUUGGAUCGCUGUGA